ACUAAAUGUAAAUGUAACCCGGAUAAAUUUAACUGGACAGCUGUUCAAUCAAUUAUGACGGGAAUAUAUCUAGUCUAAUAAUAACAUUUUGACAACAUUUCUUCACGCCUUGUUCCUGCUCGGAACAGAUUCAAAAAAGUAUCACAUUCUUUUAGUGCCAAUUAUACACCAAUUUAACAUCUAUUUUGCUUAGAAAUUUCUUGCAUCACCAGUGUGAUCGGAAGAAGACAGCACAGUAGGUGGUGUGUGUGGUCUCAAUGAAACUGCGAACAUUUUAAUUAUGUAAAUUGCUUUCGGAAAACGCUACUGUUUUGAUAAUAAUAAUAAGUGUACCGCCGGAUUGAAUUAAAUUUUAGGAGAACACGGAAAUAUAUUGUGAACUGCCAAUGACUUCAAUUAAAAUAGUGAUCGACGAAGAACAACCUGGCGAUGUUGAGAAUCAAUUACCUCAACGAACUAAACGAAGGGAAAAGGUCAACAAAUUAUUUGGAGAAUAUUGUGCUAACAGCAGCAUCCACGGUGUAAAAUAUCUCGGUGAGAAGAAACGCCAUUGGAUAGAGCGAUGUUGGUGGAUUAUCGGUUUUGCCAUAUCGUUCAUCUGUUGCGGCGGUUUAAUUUACAAAAUUUUUAACAAAUGGAAUGUCAGUUCAGUAAUUGUUAGCUUUGCCGAGGAACCGACACCAGUGUGGCACAUACCCUUUCCAGCUGUAACAAUUUGUCCAACAACCAAAAUUAACGCUACAAUGUUCAAUAUAAUCGACGGCUUUGGAGAGGUCAUUCUUCAAAAAAGACGUCCGGUCAAUUUUUCAGAUGAAGAGUACACCGUCUUAAAUGCAGUCAGUCAAGUUUGCGAUGCAUAUAUUGGCGAAGCGUUUGGACAGUUAGGAUUGGGCGAUAACAUUGCAGAUAGUUCCAUCGUGGAUUUAUUGAAAGAGGCAGCCCCGAGAUUGAACGAAACGCUUUACGAUUCCUUUUUUCUCAAUAAUAAAAACUAUUCAUGUGAAUUUGAAGAGAUACUGACUGAGGAGGGUCUUUGCUUCACAUUCAACAUGUUAACUGGAAAUGAGACCUAUACGGAGAGCAUAAGUCCGGAUUAUUCACAAAUUCACCAUAAAAAGAGAGCCAACUGGAAUUUAGAAAGUGGUUACAACAACAACGUUGAAAUUUAUUCACCGACGACGUAUCCAUACAGAGUGGCCGGAUCCGGUGCUGAUGGAGAUAAACUUCGUCUUUGGCUUGAACUAACUGCUUCAAGCAGGGAAAAUUGGUGUCAUGGUCCUGCUCAUGGAUAUAAAAUAGUUUUGCAUGUUCCUGGCGAAAUUCCCCAAGUUGCAAAACAUUUCUUUCUCAUUCCACCGUUGCAAGACGUUUCAGUGUCGGUCAAAGUUAAUAUCAUCAAAACAUCGGAAGGAUUAAGGCAUUAUCACCAUGAAAGACGCAAAUGUUAUUUCGAAUCAGAACGAAAAUUGCGAUUUUUGAAGGUGUACACGCAACGAAAUUGCGAGUUGGAAUGCCUAUCGAAUGCUACGCUUCAAUCAUGCGGCUGUGUCAAGUUUUCACUACCUAGAGAUGCAGCUGCACCAAUUUGUGGAUCUGACCGCAUUCAGUGUUACCACUUUGUUCGCGAUACUCUAAUGAAAUCCAGUAUAACAGAGACUAGUAUGAGUAGACCAUGUAACUGCUUGCCGGCUUGCUAUUCGAUCACAUAUGAUGCUCAAAUAUCACAAACUCCUUUCGACUGGAACAGUUAUUCAAAAUCGUUAAAGAUGCCCAAGAACGAAUCGUCUGAAUACUUACCGACCCUAUUCGAAAUCUCUUUCAAAGAAAAUGAAUUUAUCACUUUGAUGCGAUCGGAAUUGUAUGGUCCCAUUGACUUUGCCGCCAGCUGCGGUGGAUUACUGGGACUGUUUAUGGGAGCUUCAUUUUUGAGUAUCGUUGAAUUGGUUUACUUUUGUUCACUACGAUUGUGCUGUAACAUUCGCACAAGGGUAAUUCAGAAGCAAGAGGUAGCUCCAGUCAUCUUUUCAACAUCAAGAAAAGAUAAGAGUCGCUAGUUCGUACAUAGGAAGCUAAAGACCAAAAAUUCACCGUUUUCUAUUUAACGUGCUGUAAUAAAG